GUGAAUUCCAGUGAGAUGAAACAGGUUUUGAACAACAGAUACAGUAACGUCUUGAUUGUAUUGGAGGAGGACCACUGUGAGAUUCAGGUUAGGAGAAUCUACCAUGUUACCACAUCCCACCUACCAGCAUGCCAAGAAGGCAACCAUGUUGGAGGGGUGUGGAUGUGUGGAGGUGGCAUGUAUGAUGUCCCAUGCUCUCGAGUUGGACAUAUCUACAGGAAGUAUGUCCCAUAUAAAGUCCCUUCUGGAACCAGCCUAGCACGGAACCUGAAGCGUGUGGCAGAGACAUGGAUGGAUGAGUUUGCAGAGUACAUUUACCAGCGACGGCCUGAGUACAGACAUCUCUCAACUGGUGAUAUCUCUGCCCAGAAAGAGCUGCGCAAGCACCUGAAGUGUAAAGAUUUCAAGUGGUUCAUGGCUGCAGUGGCUUGGGAUGUCCCAAAAUAUUACCCUCCUGUGGAACCUCCACCUGCUGCCUGGGGGGAGAUUCGAAACGUGGCAGCCAACCUCUGUGUGGACAGUAAACACGGAGCCACGGGGACUGAGCUGAGGCUAGACAUUUGUGUGAAGGAUGGCUCCGAGCGAACGUGGUCACAUGAACAGCUCUUCACCUUUGGUUGGAGAGAAGACAUCCGCCCUGGGGAGCCACUUCACACCAGGAAGUUCUGCUUCGAUGCCAUUUCGCACAGUAGCCCUGUCACACUGUAUGAUUGUCAUGGGAUGAAGGGAAACCAGCACUGGAGCUAUAGGAAGGAUAAAACUUUGUUCCAUCCGGUAAGCAGCAGCUGCAUAGAUUGCAACCCAGCUGAGAAGAAGAUUUUCAUGAACAGAUGUGAUCCUUUAUCUGAAACUCAACAGUGGAUUUUUGAACAUAUUAAUAUGACUGUUUUAGAAAAAUUUAACAGCAAGGCCAGUUCCUAGAAAGAAAAAAAAAAAAAAAAGAAAAAAGAAAAAAUGAACACACCUAUUUACGUACAGACUGCAGACUACGUUUUCGCCAGCAUCUGGGUCAGAGGAGUCAGGAAUUAAGUUUCCUAGAUCCAGGAAAUCUGUUCUGAGGAUUAAGAAAAUGCCACAGCAAGAGCCAGCAGGCUGUCCUUGUGGAUGUACAGUAUCUGGAGAACUUGGCCAAGAGCCUCACCGGAUGCUGCUGAGAACUUCAGGCUGAAAAUUCCCUUGCUGGUCAAGGGAAAAACUUUGUUUAAAAACUGUUUAAAAGUACUCCAAGUUAAUAAAGUAAAACAAAACUC